AUGGAAUCUAGAAACAAGGAGAAUCAUACGCACUCGGAAUCCUGCGGUACCACAUCAGGUAGUACCAGCAGCAAAGUGUCAGCGUCAGCCGUGACGGCGUGGCGUCGAAGGCGGUCGGCGCGUUUUUUGCGAACUCUAGCGGCGACGGGACGUCGGCGUCGGACGGCAGUACCGUCGCGGGGUCACGUGACCGGUACUACAAAAUGCCGGUCAAACGUCUCGGCCUAUCCAGUCUACUUGAUUUGCCAUCGGUAG